AUGAGGGCCUACUCCGUGGCGUCGCAGACGAUGCUAAUCUGGACAUCUGGCUCGGUUCUGCUGCGCUCCGUAAUUAACCUCCAGGAGCUCGAGUUCUUCGGUUUAGGUUCUUCGAGGCUUCCAUUGCCAGCCAGGGGCCUGCUGCUAGCAUCAAUCUUCCGCUUCUCUCCAACCCUUCGGGUUGUCCACAUCCGUAGCUGCAAGCUUCCCGACGGCACUGACCAAGGGCUUAAAUUCCCCUUGCUUAAGGAGCGCAAACUUUACUAUGUCGCCAUCUCGGAGUACUCAUUGCACAACAUAAUUCUUGGAUGCCCCGCUCUUGACUCCUUGGUAAUUUGUGACUGCUGUGGCUUUCGUUGCGUCCGAAUCAACUCCCUUAGCCUUAGAAGGAUCGAGGUGGAACCUUCACCUUCAUGGUACCUUGGCCAUAAAGAAGUCCGAUUUGAGGAGCUCGUCAUUGAGAAUGCCCCUUGUCUCAGACGGUUGCUCCAGGUUGGUUAUCGCGAUGAUAUACUUAUAUCAGUAAUCUGUUCACCUAAGCUGGAGGCCUUGAGCUGCAAAUUGGAGCAGGACAGCUCCACCAAAAUCUUGUUUGGCUCUAUGGUUAUUCAGGGAUUGCAGGUUCAUGACCUAACGAUGGUGGUGCGCACGGUCAAAAUUUUAGCUGUUGAUAUGAACCCUCUUAGUUUGGAUACAGUUAUUUACCUAAUGAAAUGCUUUCCGUGCUUGGAGAAGUUAUACAUCAGAAUACUUGCAACGUUCGGGGGCCCCAACAAUUUGUGGCGUCGUAAACACCAGAAGCUGUUAAGAUGUCUUGACAUCCGUCUAAAGACAAUAGUGCUGGAAUACUAUCGGGGCAUCAAGACACAAGUUAGCUUUAGUACGUUCUUUGUAUUGAACGCAAGAAGGCUAGAGUCGAUGACACUUGGCAUCGGACGUGAAGAUAACACGAAGUGGUUUAUUGCAGACCAACACAAGAAGCUUUUGCUAGAGAACAGGGCUUCCAGGGAUGCUCAAUUUCAUUUUACGACUGGUUAUUGUUUCCCCUAUUCUUGGUUUAUCUAGCAUGUCUGUGAUAUGAAUUUAGCAGAUCAGUUCGCAGAUAUUUGUAGAUGCUGAAAACUGUUUUUGUUCUCUUGGCCGGUUGUUGUUGCCUACUCCAUCUCAUUUAGUGUUUCCUCCAGACUCGGGGAGUUCUUAUGUGUGUAGUUCGCAGUAUGUUCAGAUUGUCUGUCUUUGCUCUUUGUCGCAAGUAUUGCACCUGGGGGUUUAGGUAAUUCUGUUGUCUCCUCAUCGGACAUCCUAUGGUUUUUAUUUUAUAGUGGGCAACAUUUGAUCCAGUUCUUUUAUAGUGGGCAACAUUUGAUCCAGAAUGUUCAGAAUUUGUACUGCAUACACACCAGUUUUAAUUCUCCUUGCACACAGCAUUGGUGAUACAUUCUCAUUUUCCAACAGUUCAACUGAUCUUUUGUGUUAGGAAACCAAUUAACAAAUUACAAGCAUCUGUAUUUGUGGGUUAGGCAGGCCUUCUUUAGACUUUCAGCUGAAGAACAUUCUGGGAGGUAGAUAGUUUGGUAUUCUGCACUUGCAUAUGUUUCUCUAGUGUUCAGGUCAUUAAGCAAUGACCUGUGGAUUUCAAGCACCUUGUCUCCGUGCAUUAGUAGUUAAAUUUGAGUUCUCUGAAGGAAAAAUCCUAUUCGGCAGCUUGACCGCCUCCCCCUUCACUCCCGGCCCCCCGAUGUAGGGCUUACUCUUUCUGUAUAGGGGCCUGGAGCCCACCCUGCUUUUUCCUCUUCUUCUUCUUCUUCUUUCUUUUAUUUUCUUUUCGCUGUUUUUGAGCAUUUUUGCUCUUCGGGCUGCUUUUGUACUUGCGCUUCUUGCGCCUUCUUCUUAAUGAAAAUGACACGCCGCUCGGCGUGUUCGAGAAAAAAAAAUAUGAAAAAUGCUCCUGUUUUGGAUGAGGUUAUUUACCAAAUGAGAUGCUUUACAUGCUUGGAGAAGUUAUACAUUGACGUAAUGCUUCUUCAUUGAUAUAUAAUUCAACUGUUAUUUCCGUCUAUACUUAUGUUUUGCAGUAGCUAAUUUGGUGUAUAUUUCUAUGUUCCUAUAGUUAUCAGAAUCGUGGGGCCCCAAAAAAUUUUGGCGUCAAAAACACAAGAAUCUUGAUAUCUGUUUGAAGACAAUAGUGUUGGCAAACUAUCGGGGCACCAAUUCACAAGUUAGCUUUGUUACGUUCUUUGUGUUGAACGCAAGAAAGCUAGAGUCGAUGACACUUGGCAUCAGAUCUCGUGAUACACAGAGGACUUUAAAGCAAAACAAAACAUCAAGCUUCAGCUAGAGGACAAGGUUUCCGGAGAUGCCCAGUUUCAUUUUAUGACUGGUGGAUGUUUCCCCUAUUCUUGGUUUAUCUAGCAUGUCUGUAAUAUGGAUUUAACAGAUCAGUUCGCGGAUAUAUGUAGUUGCUGAAAACUGUUUAUGUUAUCUUGGCUGGUUGUUGUUGCCUA